AGCCGCCGCCGCCGCGCGCGUCCCGUUCGCCGUCGCGGCGCGCGUACGCAUCGGUCGCGGGUUUCGGGCCGUCCGCCGUUUUGCGCGCGUGUCCUUUGUCCCUUUCGGCCCUCGCCGUCAGUCAGUCGUUGGCGGGAGCGAACACGACGCAACAACAGCCACCGCCGCCGCUGGUGGUCCUCCGCCGUAUGCUGUCCCUCGCGACGGGGAGUCCGAUCCUUAAAUUUUUUUUCCCUUCUCUGUCCUUUUAUCUUCGACCUCCGAAGCAUUCCUCGUUCAGUCCACAGUCAUCCCUUGUGUUGAGUUGUUGUCUUUCGAUCCCGGGUCACCUACUCAACGGCAGCGCUCUCGUUCGGUUCGGUCCUCGCUACUCUACGGCGUUCUCGAUCGGCUUUGCUCAGUCCGCAACCGUGUUCCAAAAUAAAUUAUAUUCCUAUGUCACGAAUUUGUCGUUUGCGUAGAUUUUCAUAAUCGCUAAAUUUUACGGUUAUUUGUGCCAACAUAACACUGAACACCAAAAUAAUGUUUUAUAUGGACCUGUGAAAUAACUAAACAAAUCAUGGAGCUCCAAAAUUGUUUACCGUCUAUGAAAAAUGAUUACAAAAUGAAUGAAAUGAACGACCAGCAAGAAAUGAUAAACAAUGUACAAGGAUGGAACACAAUGCCAUCACAUGAUAUUAUGAUACCAGUUCCGAUAAAAAUCCAACCACCGCUCGGUAUUAUGGACCAAAAUAAUAUCCAAAUGAAUAAUUCUAGUCCACAUCCAAGCGUCAUACAUACAAGUCCCCAGACACCACAUGGCUUGCCAAUAAAUACGUAUAUUGAACCGGAAUUACCACUAGAGCUGUUGCAACAAGGAUGGAAAAAAUUUUGGAGUAAACGUGAGAAUCGACCUUAUUUUUGGAAUAAGUUGACUGGUGAAUCUCUGUGGGAGUUCCCACCUUUGAGACAGUUUGACGUUAUAUCAGACCCUCUGGGAAUAACAAGCGAUGGUCAACAUAAUGGAACAAAUCAAAUGUUAUUGAAAAAAAGACCAGCAGAAGAAAUAGUUUUGGGCCCUGCGACAAAAAAAAUGAUACUUACUGGCCCUUGGGAACUUGAAAUACCUACAAAUGUUGUUAUAUUUGAGCGUUCGCCAUCGAUGCUGUCUCAGCCACAUCCAGAUAUCGAGUUUUACCGUGGAAAUUUGGUAGCAAAAUUAAGACAAUGUUACCAAGAACUGUGUCAAUCCCGAGAGAACAUCAAUGCACCAAAAGAAUCUUUCAAUCGUUGGCUUAUCGAGAGAAAAGUAGUUGAUACUGGCACUGAUCCAUUAUUACCUUCUCAAUGCUAUCCAGAAGUGUCUUUAAGAAUGUAUAACGAAAUAAUGAAUGAUAUACCAUUGAGAUUGGCUAAGCCUAAGUAUACUGCGGAUGCCCGGAAACAACUAUCCAUAUACGCUGAGGCAGCAAAAAAUCUCAUUGAGUCUAGGAACACUCUGCAAGAGAGUAGAAAAGUUGUAAAAUGGAACACUGAAGAUACAUUGCAGUGGUUAAGGAAGACAGUGGGUGCCACAUAUGUUGAUUUCCAAGAGCGGUUAAACCAUCUUAAGAUGCAAUGUCAACCGCAUAUAGCUCAAACCGUCAAAGAAUCUGUGGAAGGCAUCUGCUCAAAGGUGUACCAUUUAUCUGUUGAAUACGCUCGCAAGGUCAAAGAGAAAAAUAGUGAGCUUUUGAUUGCACAAGGAAUUACAGAAAUGCCACCAGCUCCUGCAGUACUAACUUUACACAAAGUCUGGUGUUAUCCUGUUCAGUUUGUUACACCUGCUCCGCGUCUUCCGCCAGUUGAAUACAUGGCUGACAAAGAACAGACUUAUGUUCGUUUCAAUGGAGAGAGGUUACUCAUCAAUACUGUGUACCUCCAAAAGUUGGAACAAUUGUAUCGCUACAGUUGUUAUGAGGACAAAAAAAUGGAAAACUUUAUGGCCAGAGUUUGGUGUUUGUUGAAAAGGUACAGUGUCUUCUGCUCUAACAGUCCUGAUACACAAGUAUCAGUGCCGGUGCCUAUCCUAGAAUCUCUGCACAGGAAUUUUGGUGUGACAUUUGAGUGUUUUGCGUCACCUCUGAAUUGCUAUUUCCGGCAAUAUUGCUCAGCGUUUCCAGACACCGACGCCUAUUUUGGAUCCCGAGGUUCCAUUUUGGAUUUGAAUGCCGUAAGCGGGUCAUUUGUGGUAAAUCCUCCUAUACACUGUGAUGAUCUAAUUGAUGCGACUCUAAAUCAUAUUGAUCGAUUGUUAUCUGAAUCAAGCGAGCCUCUAUCUUUCAUCAUAUUUUUGGUUGAUGGUGAAACUACAUUUGUCCAGAAAUUAGAUACUAGUCAAUUCAAACGACGUCAGGUGGUUAUACCCGCUUAUGAACAUUAUUACAGACAUGGUUUCCAGUACAGUGUACCAAAGACAGACGUAAACAUUCGUUCUCCCACAAGCACGUUAGUUGUAUGGCUUCAAAACAAUGCUGGGUGCCAGCGAUGGAGCCCUAGCGAAGACAGGGUUGAAGCUUUGUUGGAAGCGUUCCGUCCAGGACGAGAACGUGAUCGUGACCGUCAGGAACUCCUUUCACCAACACCAAAUCCUUUGUUAGGCCCCCCGCCACUUCCUGUUUAGAGUUAGUAGAUAUUGUAUACAUACAUUUUAACUAUGUAUAUAUAUAUAUAUAUAUAUUUAGUGUAUGUGUAUGCGUACAAUAUGUUUGUACAUACACAAACACAAUAGGCAAUUAUGGUGUCUAGUUUUACUCAAAUUUAUAUUUUUUAUGUUCAUUAUACACCGGUGUAUAAUUUACUCUCAUUAUAUUAUAGUUUUUUUAUACAUUCAUAUAAUGUAUAAUGUAUAAUAUGGUAAUAUAAUUAUUGAAUUUUACUUAAUGCGAACUCUGAGCCAUAAUUGCUGUUUAAAUUUCCUUUACCUAAUGAUAAGUAUAAACAUUUUAAAAUGUUUAAAAUAACAUUUUUGACUUUGAAAGUAUGUGUAUAUAGGUAGAUUUUUUAGUUAUCGUUUUGUUGAUUUAUCUAUUUGCUAGUAUAAGAUGAUUUAUUAUUCUGUCGUUAAUCGAUAGAAUAUAAAUUUGAAACAAAAUGUAUCAGAAUUUCGUCCAAAUAUUCAUAAUGAUUGCAAUGGAUUAUUUGCUGUUUUUAAUAUUUUUUAUAAAAAACAACAUUUUCCUAAAGCACAUUUAAGAAUAUCGAAUUAAUGUUAUUUAGAAUCUGUAAGGGCUUAGUACUUAAGUGUUAAGUGAAAAAUAGAAACCUAAUAAUUUUCUCUACAUAAUUAUUCCACUUAAUUGACUUAAAUAAGUAUAAUAUUAUUGUAAUUCUAUAGUACUAUUUACCAAGCUGUUGUCCCUUGUGAAUCUAACCAACUAAUUGGACAACAAUAAUUCAUAAUUACUCGAAAUUUAUGAUUAACUAAGUAUAAAAGUAAUUUUUUUCUCUGUGUAACCGCCUUGUUGCGCACAAAAUGUACUUUAAUGGUAUUCUAUUUAUUGAUCGUCAUUAGCGGACUUAUAUCAGUACUUAAAUGUUUUAUUAUUAAUUUUUCAAUGUAACGUAACUCUUAUAAUAUUAUCAUUAUUGAAUUAAGGCAUCUUAAUUACUUAAAUAUUACAGAGCAUAAAUAUCAUAGUUCUCUAUCUUUUAAACAUUUUUUUGGUUUUUAUCCCCUACAGCUAUAGUUGCUUAUCAUUGUCAAACAUAUUACACUUAUUAUUUUUUUUUGAAUUUUACCAAUUUUACACAUCCAUUAAUAACCAAUAGCCUUAAGUAGUUUACCAAAGGUUUGAUUGUUCUUUUAUUCAUUUACUGCUGUUUCACAUUGAUUGUGUUUUGUCUUUGUGGGUAGUAGUACAGUAGAUGUAAAUAAUAAUAUAUUAUAUGUAUAAUGAUAAUAAA